AGGCCUUUUACGAUUUAGACAUAUACGCUGUAUAUAGAUGACGAAUAAUGAAUACUAAUAAAUUCCUGAAUCCUAAAAAUCGUGCUCUUCACAUUUGCUUUUGUUGAUGAAACGAAGAAAAAAUACAAACAAUCUCACAACGCGUACAAGAAUUGGUUCUUUUUUAACUCAUGGUGGAAUUAUCAGAUUACCAACGACAAGAAAAGGUCGGGGAAGGAACAUAUGGGGUGGUUUACAAGGCUCUCGACACCAAGCACAACAACCGGGUUGUGGCCCUCAAAAAAAUCCGGCUUGAAAGUGAAGACGAAGGAGUUCCUUCAACUGCCAUCAGAGAAAUUUCUCUUUUGAAGGAAAUGAAGGAUGCUAACAUCAUCAGAUUGUAUGAUAUAAUACACAGCGAUUCCCACAAAUUGUACUUGGUGUGUGAGUUCUUGGACUUGGACUUGAAACGGUACAUGGAGUCCAUUCCUCAAGGUGUUGGUUUGGGUGCUGAUAUGAUUAAAAGAUUUUUAAACCAGUUGGUCAAAGGAAUCAAGCAUUGUCACUCCCAUAGAGUAUUACACCGUGACUUGAAGCCCCAGAACUUGUUGAUCGAUAAAGAAGGAAACUUGAAGGUUGCUGAUUUUGGGUUGGCCAGGGCGUUUGGGGUUCCAUUGAGGGCAUAUACCCACGAAGUGGUGACUUUAUGGUACAGGGGCCCCGAGAUCCUUUUGGGGGGCAAGCAAUACUCUACGGGUGUUGACAUGUGGAGUAUUGGUUGUAUAUUUGCAGAGAUGUGUAAUCGGAAACCAUUGUUUCCUGGAGACUCUGAGAUUGAUGAGAUAUUUAGAAUCUUCAGGAUUUUGGGAACUCCUAAUACUGAAAUAUGGCCAGAGGUGCAGUACUUGCCAGACUUCAAGCCCACCUUCCCCAAAUGGUCUCGUAAGAACUUAAAAGAUUAUGUUCCCAACUUGGACGAUGCUGGUAUUGAUUUGUUGGGCCAAUUGUUGAACUAUGAUCCCAGUGGUAGAAUUAGUGCCAAGAGAGCCUUGGUGCAUCCAUAUUUCCAGGAAGACGAUGAGUACCUGAAGUCUGUAAAUAUGGGAUAAGUCGGCCCUUAGCUAAUAUUCUGUUUGUUCAUUUUUGGAUAUGUUUUUUUAAAGUGUGCUGUGUCACACCCAACUCAUAUAUAAAUAUUUGGUAAUUCUCAAAAGAUAUAGGAGCAAGGUCAUGUUGACCACUAAGCGAGCCGACUUGGAUCGUUUUCUUCGUAUGGUUAAAAAGUCCAAAUUUUUUUCGAUCUCUUGGAACUUCAUAUUGAUUUGGAAAUGUAGUAGGUCGAUAUAUUGGAGCGACUCACUGAGCAGAAAUGGUUGUUCCAAAUCCAUUGACCUGGUGUGACGAUGAUGAGAGGUUGGGUGAUGAAAUGACGUGGGAUCAAUUACUUGACGAGUUUGGCUAUCUUGAUACUUGGUUUUUCCAAUCUUUAAAGCUGAUGUUCCCUGGGGGCAUUUAUAUCAGCUUGAGAUGUUGAAAAAAUGUCCUGAAUAGGAAAGCUAAUUGCUAAAUGUGAUGAGGAUGAGCACAAAACCCGAGUUUAUUAAAGUCUUUAACUUAUAUGUCCCAGUCAAGGUUAAUAUGGAUUCUUAAUAUGGUUGAGUGGCAAGUACGUACUUGAAUAUAUCCGUAGUACAG